CCGUCUGCAGUUAAGUAAUAUGCGGGGCUAGGUUGUCACGUUUGUCUCCCCCUUGGAUGGGCGCGCGUGGAUGACGCACAAGCGGCCAGCGGGCGCGUGCGUCUGGAGGAUGUCGGGGAGGGUUUCGGACGUCAUGACGACAGGUCCAUUCAAUCCACUCGUUCAGCAAAGACGACAGGAAGGCGUGCGGAUGUGUUUAGGGAUUGAAUCUCAUCAGCGCGCGAGGCUGCGACCUCGUGGGGAGAAGUGAAAUCCACACGUGACGUCACACGCUCGGAUGUCUUCCGAAGGACGGAAGGCGAGGCGACACUUGGACUACUCAACAAGUUGUUGAUUUUUUUUUUUUCUCGAAGCGAAGCGGAAGAGGACGCCGUCAUCAUCCUCGUUCUCAUUAGCGCGCGUCCUUGUGGACGCGAUGUCACGGAAGGUCCUCGCGAGGUGACCGUGUUCAGAGCAGCAGCCAUCCAGUCGUUGUUUUUUUGGGAGGGGGGGUUCGGGGGCGUGAGCGAGGCUUCGGUGGCGUCUUCCCUCCUCCAUCACCCUUCUCGUUUUUUCUUUUCUUUUUUCCCCUUUUUACCCCACCCGUGAACGUCGUCACCGCGCCUUCCGUGGCGACUCAACUCGGGCUGGCGUGCCUCCGAUUGGGAGCCUAAUUUAGUGCGCCCCUCACUGCCCACCGACGACACCCCCCCCCCCCCUCUUGAAAGCGAACCCAACGCCCUUGCUCGCCUGUAUGUCCACCCGAUCAUCCUUCGUCGUGCGCGGGGGGGGAAAGGGAUGACAUUGCGUGAGCGUCGGUGAGAUCCGGCGUUGUUUCCACUGCCGGCUCGGGAGACCGGCGAUCCGUUGCCGAUGUGACCGGCGUCGGCGCGAUGAGGGCGGCUGUGGAGAGGCGAGAGAGGGCCUCUGGCGGAGCUGUCAAGGACGAGGAAGGAGAGUAAAAACAUCUUUGAGGACCAACGUCACGCGCUGCCACCAAAUGGAGAUUGAUUCUGCGCCCCAAAGGCACAAUGACUUUUUGAAUAUUUUGGAUUUAUUUUACUCAUCUGUUAGGGGGGAAAUUCAAGUCACACUCUGCCGUAUAUUUGCUUUGAAUCAACACUACUGGAGAACCAUUUGACGCACGUGCGGACAUGCAAGGAGAGAUGUCAGCGUCUAAGUCGCGCACCUCUUGAACUGGGGGGGAUUGGGGUCGGUGCCUUGCUCAAGGGCACUUCAACAUCUCUCAAACAACUGUUGCCAUACUUAAACUGUGAGCCAAAACCCGACAGAUGACCUGCAGCUCAAAAUACUGUUGAUAUAUAUAUUUCCCCCCCCCCAGUAAUUUUGAUCCUCCUCACGGAUGGAUGGGGUGGUGGGGGGUGCGGGGACGCCCAGUAGCGCAGGAGGCUCCGGGGGGGACAGCCUCCCCCGACGUAACGGAGCCGAGUCGAAGAGACGCAGCAAGGGCAGCCUCCCCUCGCCGGGCUACAGGCUGUCCCAGGUGUCCCUAGAGGGCGAGAAGGCUUCUUUCGGGGGCGACCCUGCCGCCCCCUCGGGAGGACGCGGCCGCCGCCUCUCCAUCAUGAGCUCGGGCCACCCCUUCCGCACCGCCGGCACGCCGACCACCCCGGUGCCUCUCGCUCACCCUCCGCCCCGCUCGGUGGGAUUCGCCCCCUCCCGUCCCGCCCUGGCUUCCACCUCCUCGUCGGCGGGCACGGGGGUGAUGGUGGUGGCCACCGGACCGGAGACCACCACCACAACCGCGUGCAACACCACAGCGGCAGGGACACCCGAGACGAUGGGACCGUCGGCGCUGGGCGGGUUCGGCCUGGGGCUGGACGGAGAGGACUACAGCCAGUCCAACCAGAGCACCUUCAUCCAGAGGCAGUUCGGAGCCAUGCUGCAGCCCGGCGUCAACAAGUUUAGCCUGCGCAUGUUCGGAUCCCACAAGGCCGUGGCUCUGGAACAGGAACGACUUAAGUCGGCCGGCGCCUGGAUCAUACACCCCUACAGCGACUUCAGGUUCUACUGGGACCUGUUAAUGCUGGUGCUGAUGAUGGGCAACUUGAUCGUGCUGCCGGUGGGCAUCACCUUCUUUCGUGACGAGAACACGCCAUCGUGGAUCAUCUUCAACGUGGUGUCCGACACGCUCUUCAUGGUCGACCUGGUCCUCAACUUCCGCACGGGCAUCGUCAAGGAGGACAGCACGGAAAUACUGCUGGACCCCCGGGCCAUCCGCCAGAACUACCUGAAGAGCUGGUUCCUGGUGGACUUUGUGUCCUCCAUCCCUGUGGACUACAUCUUCCUGAUGGUGGACAGUCUGGACUCCGAGGUGUACCGGACGGCGAGGGCGUUGCGCAUCGUCCGCUUCACCAAAAUCCUCAGCCUGCUUCGGCUGCUGCGGCUCUCCAGACUCAUACGCUACAUCCACCAGUGGGAGGAGAUCUUCCACAUGACGUACGACCUGGCCAGCGCCAUGGUGAGAAUCGUCAAUCUGAUUGGGAUGAUGCUGUUGCUGUGCCACUGGGACGGUUGCCUGCAGUUCCUGGUGCCCAUGCUGCAGGAAUUCCCGCCGGACUGCUGGGUCUCCAAGAACCUGAUGGUGAACGACACGUGGGGCGUGCAGUACUCGUACGCCCUCUUCAAAGCCAUGAGCCACAUGCUGUGCAUCGGCUAUGGCGCCCAGGCACCGGAGGGCAUGACCGACGUGUGGCUCACCAUGCUGAGUAUGAUCGUGGGAGCCACCUGCUACGCCAUGUUCAUCGGCCACGCCACCGCACUCAUCCAGUCGUUGGACUCGUCACGGCGGCAAUACCAGGAGAAGUACAAGCAGGUGGAGCAGUACAUGUCCUUCCACAAGCUUCCCGCAGACGUGCGUCAAAAAAUCCACGAGUACUAUGAGCACCGCUUCCAAGGGAAGAUGUUUGAUGAGGAGAACAUCCUGGGAGAGCUCAGUGAGCCGCUUAAAGAGGAGAUCGUGAGCUUUAACUGCCGCAGCCUGGUGGCCAACAUGCCGCUGUUCGCCAACGCCGACCCCAACUUUGUGACCGCCGUGCUCACCAAACUUCGCUUCGAAGUCUUCCAGCCGGCCGACUUCAUCAUCCGAGAGGGCACCGUCGGGAGGAAGAUGUACUUCAUCCAGCACGGCCGUGUCAGCGUGCUCACCCGUGGCAACAAGGAGACCAAACUGAGCGACGGCUCUUACUUCGGAGAAAUCUGUUUGUUGACUCGAGGGCGGAGGACGGCCAGCGUGCGUGCAGACACAUAUUGCCGUCUGUACUCUCUCAGUGUGGACAGCUUUAAUGAGGUUCUGGAGGAGCACCCCAUGAUGAGGCGGGCCUUCGAGACCGUCGCUGUCGACCGAUUGGACCGCAUAGGCAGGAAGAACUCUGUGCUGCUACGCAAGUCAUCUCAAGGAGGUUCGCUCGGGGGCAGUAUGGGCCGUGGCGGAGGUCGGGGUGGCGGAGGUCCGGGAGCAGGUGGCGGUGGCCUGACAGCGGGCAGUCUGGGCUCCUGCGACAGCAUAUUGGUCCAACAGAUCGUCAAGCACGACAGCAUGCCGGCCAUGCAGGACGCCAUCGCGGCAGCCGCGGCGGGAAGAAGCGGCGUCAUCGGAGGAAGUGGCGCAAUGUCCCCCAGGCCCCGCCCCGUCAUCUGGGCGCCACUGGUCCAUGCCCCGCUGCAAACGGCCGCCGCGACCAGCAACGUGGCCAUCGCCCUCAUGCAGCAGCAGCAGCACCAGCUCCAGCAGCUGCAGCAGCAGCAGCAAGCACUAGGGGGCACUUUCUUCCUGCCCUCGCCUCUGAUCUCACCGUCACCCUCCUCAACGUUUCCGCUUUCGCCUCCUCGGGCUCCCGUUUUGCAACCCCUGCGCCCCUCGGUCAGCUCCCUCAUCGGAAUGAUGGCAAUGAGCGGGAUGGGAGGUUUGUCCCCCAGAGCGUUCCCUGCCUCCCCCUCCACCAUGGGCCCGCUCGGCGGCUUGACGUCCCCACCGGUGGCCAAAACUCCUCCCGCCGCAGCCUCCUCUGUGCCAGUCCAACAAGGAAGGACUCUUCACUACAACCUGCGCCUCCAGGCUGAUUAUCCGUCAGCACUUGGUGGAGCUCUUGGCACUCCAACCGGUGCAGGAGCGUCAACUCCAUCCAUACCCAAGAUGCAGGGCAGCAAUCCGUCUCCCGCCGGCGUUGGCCCGUUAGACAGCAGCACUUCCAUGACGAACCAGCAAGGGGCAAAAGAAGCGCUGCUGCGCCACGGGGGCAACGGUUGUCAAGGCCUGCCCGCGUUAGGCAGACUCACCCAGGAAGCCAGGCUGCUGUCUGCAUCACAGCCCACUCUGCCUCACCGCUCCUGGGCCGGAUUACAGCCUCACCCCACUCUCCAUCGGAAGGCGUCUGGCGGGAAUUUGCUCGCAGCUCCUUUUCUGGCAGGGCAGUUAGCUCGAGGUGGCAGCGCAGGAAUGCUAACCUCCAACCCUCCGAUGCAGCCCGUUGCAAAUCUUACAUCCAACGCACAAAUGCAACCGCCGAUUCAGCCCGCCAUGUACACACAAUGUGCCCCUCACACGAACCCCCUGCCCAUCUCCACAUCUCCGCACAUGACGUCUCCCGCUUCCUCUCCAAAGCAAACACCGCCAUCUGCCGUACCUUCACCCGCACCCACACCCUCGUCGCCGACAUCGGUGCCCUCGCAGACGCCCCGUCCAAAACCAAGUCUGAAUGCACCUUCCCGCUCGUCCUCGCCGCCUCCCUGCUCCACACCUCCCAUGACAGGAACCACCCCACUGUCACUCGUGUCAACGCCGCGUCCCAAACCAAUCGCCACUCCUUCUCCCCGCUCUUCAUCACCCUCGCCCUCGUCGACCCCUCCGCCAUCGUCUGUUUCCACUCCAGUUCCACUGCCUCAAACGUUUGGACCCAAGUCGUCUCUGAGCUCUUCGCUCCCGUCGCCCGUGGUUGCCGUGUCCUCAGCCCCCCCGCAAGGUGCCCGGGUCAAGGCAUCCAAUACGCCGCCGACCGCGUCACCGUUGUCUGGUCCCAGCCCUGCACCAACCCCAAUCCCUUCCCCAACUCUCACCCAGGUGGCGCGCACCCAUCCGCCAACCACCACCCAAACCGCUACUCCAACGCUAACGUCGGUCUAUUCACCAAAUCCUACCCAGACACUCGCGCCGCCUUCACCGCCAACAUCCAACCCUUCCCUGAGUAAAUCCCCAAGUCCAACAUCCUGUCUGCAGCCUUCUGUAUUUAGUUCCGCCCGGACCCCCUCUUCCAGCCAGAUCCCCAAACCUGCUUCACCCCUCCCCUCAAAUCCUGGCCCAGUGAGCACGAGCUCCCCCACCAAAGUCCGGUUCACCGUUCACCCAGUAAAGCAAACCCAUCCCGUGCUCACCCCGAGUACCACAUCGGCGUUGAAUCGUCCCGCAAAGUCAAACCCGGUCUCAACAAAGCCGCCCUCUUUGGCGACGACAUCUCCGAGUGGCUCUGCCGCCGCAUCCACUCACCCACCAAAACAAAACGCAGCCACCGCAGUCGCGUCGAGCCAUCCCUCCAAACUCCAUUCGCCUUUGCAGGCUUCCACCGUCCCAUCAACACAUACAACCACUCCGGCUAACAACACCUCCCCUAAGGUCGGGAAAAACGACCCCCAGCUGCCAGUGGCCAGAAAAGACUCAGAGGGACUGAGACACAAACUGCCUGCCAACAUGUGAAAGCAAAAAAGAAGAGGACAUCGGACAUACAGACAGAUAUCAAGUCUCACGUGGACAGUUUCAUGGUGUUUGCAUUCAUGCUAGGAUGUGGUUGUCUUAGAACAUGACGUGUUUGUGUGACUCAACCAGGCCAUCCAUCAAGGAAGAAGACAUGCAACGUGUGUACGGGCGUACACUCAAAAUGUGGGUCAGUGAUGGUUGGGGCAAGCUCGGGGCAGGGAUGCGGAAGCAAAGAACCAACAGUGGGUGGGGAAUUUGCUCCAUUUGCAUUCCCUGGUGGAUGAAAACAGCAAUACAUGUGAAAUAGCUUCCAAUACUGUGCACAAGUGUUUGGACACUUCCAGCGUUGAUGUUUCGGUGAUCUACAGUACAGCGACGUUACGAUUGCUUGAAUGUAAGCGCAUUGUUUAAUUGGAAAUAUUGAAUGUAUAAAAAAAUGGACAAAACAGAAACCAAAAGAAAAACACACGGUGAACGAUGCGAUCAUUUGACCAACCGACUGUUAGCAACUCUGACAUCUGUUUUAGUAGACUUGUUUCGUUCUUGGAUUUUUAGCAAGUAACUGUUUCGUUUUUGUUAUUGAGAUCAAAUAGCGGUAAAGACGUCGACCUAAUUCUGAGGUUCAGAGUUGGUUAUCUUGGCUUUACAUUUUUCUGCGGGUAUUCCGGCUUCCAACCUGUCUCUGCGAGGGUGAAUCGUUGUUUGGGCACACGUGCCGUGCCAUUGGCUGGCGACCAGUGCACCUUGUCCGUCGCCCCUCCAAACGCAUCUGAGACCCCAAUAAGAACAAGCACUCGAGAAAAUUGAUAUAUGGACAAAUUAAGGAUU